GCUACAGCAACACACAUUCUCCACCGAUCGAUCGACCACUUCUCUCUUCUUUUCCUAUAUCCAAUCUUAGUCAAACAAGCUAGCUUCGAAGAAAUAGAAAUGGCGGUUGUUGCUGCAAAGCCACACAUUUUGGUGGCCUGUGCCUUGCUGCUCCUCACCGUGAGAUGCCAGGCCAGCCCUUUCUGGCCACUGGAGAUCGGCUACUACCACGACAAGUGCCCCCAGGCGGAGGCCGUCGUCAAGGGCGUCAUGGAGAAGGCCAUCUCCCAGAACCCCGGCAAUGGCGCCGCCAUGAUCCGCAUGCUCUUCCAUGACUGUUUCGUCGAGGGCUGUGAUGCUUCCGUCCUCCUGGACCCGACCCCGUUCAGCCCGACGCCGGAGAAACUCAGCCCGCCCAACGACCCUACCCUGCGCGGCUUCGAGCUGAUUGACGCGAUCAAGGACGCCCUCGAAGUGGCCUGCCCGGGCGUCGUCUCCUGUGCAGACAUCGUCGCCUUCGCCGCCCGUGACGCGUCCUGCAUCCUCAGCAGGGGCAAGGUAGACUUCCAGAUGCCGUCCGGCCGCCGCGACGGCACCUUCUCCAACGCCUCCGAGCCGCUCAAGUUCCUGGCGCCGCCGACGUCCAACCUCAGCGACCUCGUCGCUAGCUUCGUCAUCAAGGGCCUCAACACGGAGGACCUGGUCGUCCUCUCCGGCGCGCACACCAUCGGGCGUUCCCACUGCUCGUCCUUCGUCUCCGACCGCCUCAACACCCCCUCCGACAUCAACGGCGGCCUCGCCGCGUUCCUCAGGGGACAGUGCCCGGCCGACGCGACGCCGGGCGGCAACGACCCGACGGUGAUGCAGGACGUGGUCACGCCCAACAAGCUGGACAGGCAGUACUACAAGAACGUGCUGUCGCACACGGUGCUCUUCACCUCUGACGCGGCGCUCAUGACAUCGGCGGAGACGGCGAGAAUGGUGGUGGAGAACGCCAAAAUGCCCGGGUGGUGGGAGGGCAGGUUCGAGAAGGCCAUGGUGAAGAUGGCCGGUAUCGAGGUCAAGACGGGCUACCAGGGCCAGAUCAGGAAGAACUGCCGCGCAAUCAACCACUACUAAUAAGUGGAGUACGUUGCGCACGUACGUGUAUGCAACGUGAAAGAUCUCAAUGGUUUGCUUCAACCUGCAAGCGAGUUCAUGUUGUAAAAUUUGGCGAUUCUUUCACUGCGUGUCUUUUUUCCUUCUUUGGUUAUUCCUUGGUUCAAUUCUAGCCAAGCUACGGAAUUGUUCAUGUAUAUGGCGUUGUGCAUGUCUAAUAGCGAACCAAUGUUGUUUGUUGAAAGAAUAAAAGUGAUGCACAUAGCAUGUUUUGAUGAACAGAAAAAGAUCUAAGAUGCUUCCAAAAACCUACUCCUGGAUUACCACAGCUGGUGCAUAAAACAUCGAGAAUGUUGCCAUCGACGAUGACCGGAAAAGGAACUAGUUCCAUUAUGAUUUUCCAUGUAACAACACUAGGAACGAAUAAAGGGACUAUAAAUCUGCGAAUCAUCAAUCUGAAUUUAUCAAUAGGCUGCGUCGUCUGCGUUCCAAAAUAGAUGACCCAACUUUAUACUAACUUUAUACAAAGUUGGAUCAUCUAUUUUGGAACGGAGGGAGUAGUUCCAUUAUGAUUUUCCAUGUAACAACACUAGGAACGAAUAAAGGGACUAUACAUCUGCGAAUCAUAAAUCUGAAUUUAUCAAU